AUGGGUAGAAGGGUAGCCCAGAGGGGUGGUGAACGAUGUAAAUGUGGAGAUGAGGUUAUAAUUUUGACUUCAUGGACAGAGCAAAAUUAUGGUAGGAGGUUUGUGAAGUGCCCAAAUUAUAAGGAGCGUUGGGGGUGCAACUACUUUGAUUGGUUUGACGGACCAAUUGACAAUUCAAUUUUAGAUGAGCUGAAGAAGAUGAAGCAAGAGAAUAUUGAUUGUAGAAGGAGAUUGAAGUUCGUGGAACAAAUCACAUGUGUUAUGGCUGUUAUGAAUGUGUUCUUAGUUUGGAAAGUACUCAAUCUGAAUUUGUAA